CAGCACCAAGAGAGUGGUGUUUAGUACUGUUCGGGAACGUCGUCAAGAUGGCCAUUUUGUUUAUUCCGAUAAAUACUACCUGCUAGGAUUUUAUAGUACGGAAAAUCAAUAAAAUUGUGUCCUCAAAGUGGCCACUUCCGGUAGUUCCUUAGACCGAGGUCGGUACAAUCGAAGUGGAAAAAGUGCUAGUAUCCGUCGGGAGACUAAAUUGUGACCCCAUUUUUCGCGGGGAGAAGUUUAAUAAGUGCUGAAGUUGAAGAUGGUGUAGGACUUUUUUUUUCUUCCACUUGCAUCCCCUCUUCGUCAAUUUUCGUGUAGUCAAGCAGUGUAGCUCGGUAUCGAGAAGAGUCAGAGAGAGGAUAUUCAAUUCUAGCCCCGAGACGUCGUUUUUCGUAGUGUCUUGCGGUAUCAUCGAGGAAAAAAGAAAAUCCAAUAAAAAUUUUCCCCGUGAACAAAAAAUGUUCUUCAUUUUGCCGGAAUUUGUGUAGACUAUUGCCGUACGAGAACCAUUGUAUCCAUGCUGAGGAGGAGGAGCUAAAUCUUAUGAAAAUGACUUUCAAACGAGCCUAAGUUUGGUUCAAUAUUUUUCGAGAAAAUGAGCGGAGAAGAAAAAAAGUGCGAUUUGUCGGUUGCGUCACUUAUGUCAUUGUAUCUCCGGAACCAGACGAGAUAGCCAUUUGAUUAUAAAUACUAUAAAACGAAAGGAAAUCGGUUCAGCCAUUUCGGGAAAGCGGUUGCCGGGUGCUUAGGAAAAUUUCAACAGGACUCGAUAAACUUGAAACCGUAAAGGAUACCAGUCAACGCUGUUGGCUGGCUUCUCUCUGUAUCGCCUGUGUGUCCCGUGAGAGUACCAACGACUAGAACCCAAGAGAGAACAAGGACAUCCGUAGCCGCCGUUUAGCGCAGUAGUGAGUGUGAACCCAACGAGUGCGGAGGUAUUACGUUUACGCUUGGUAAUGGUAUUUGCCUUCCAUAUCCUUCUCAGCGGAUAACUCCGAUUAGUGCAAAAUAUCGAGUCCGCCGUAGUCGAAGCUUAGUUGCACAAAAAGGCAGUUGCGUUUGAAACGCAAGACGGACAUCGCCUCUGAACCGGAACGGACGUUGUCGAUCAAUAGAAGGAGCAAAAUAUAAUCGGGGAAUCGGGUCACGCGUGUCAACUUCAAGCGGGAUUAUCUCGCCUGUGUUCCGUCGGCUCCACAUUCAUUCGUUGGGGAUCGCGUCCCCAGGCGGGUUGUGCGAUGAUAAAUUAAAAGUGAGAAUCAGUCCAGUUCUAUCCGUUAUUAAGCUAUAUAUAUACAAGUAUACGUUCGGUUCCACUCGACGGACGGCUGAAUCCGCCGGGAAGAAUUCGUGGAACGUUCCCGUUUCGAAAUACACACCGUAUCGACGUUUUCUAGUUUUUCGGUCGAAUCGAACAUAGCAAAGCGGAAAAGAAGAAGCAAAUAAUUAAAUAUUCCGCCUGUGUAUGAUAGAAAGAGAGUGCUCUGUGUGUCUAUGUUUCUUUUAUGUUCCGAACCGUGCUGGCGGGAGGAAAGCAGUAGAAUGAGUAAGCUUCUAUCUGGUUCCCGGUGUUUCUAGUCCUCCUCUACACCCGCUGCCGCACAAGCGACCUUCCGAGAGCUGAUUUGCUUUGCUUAGUUCACUCUAUCAUUAGGACAGACGCGCGGGGCUCGGCUGCUCAACUCGGCUGUGUGUUCAGUGUUAAGAUCUCGAAUAAUUCUACGGUCGGGAUCCAGUUCAGGAUUUGUGUGAGUGUUUGUGUAUUUAAGAGGAACGUGAAGAGCCCCGGCCUGGAGUGCUAGGGGCAACGAAGUAGUAUUCUUGUUUCUUGUUCUUGGAGGUGUGCUGAUGCUAAAUAGAAGAAGAAACAGACAUGUGAUAAAUAUGAACACAGCAGUGUUCAGCUAAAGUUCUGAAGGCCUUUGCCUGCCUGCUAGGGAAGGAAAGGGAAGGUUGAGGUGAAGAAAGAAGAAAAAUAAAUUUCAAGUGUUGUGUUUUAGCACCGAAGAGGAAAGAAAAGCACCGAAAAUGACGAAAAUCUUGCAUGAAACUCGAAGAAGAUGUGCUUAGACAGUGUUUCGGAGCGUUUUCGCUCUAGUUUGGGAUAAUUCUCAUCAUUUCGGGGGUGAAAAUCGAUAAUCCACUAGUUCUCGGGUGUGUGGGUUCAAGAGUGGAGAACCUCGUGAAGUGCGGGUGUGCUGUUUUAAACCUCUUGCACAGAAGGGACGAGGUGCGAAAGUCGUCCACCGCGGCACAUACGGCCAUUCACAAUGCUUGCCGAAGGGACAUUGCAUAAGAAAUACAAGAUCUCCUUAUCACCGGACCAUACCGCCGCUAGCCAACGUGACAGCCGUGUCAGCAGUAGAAAUGAUAUUAACGAACGAAAACAAGAGGAUGUUUGCGGCAGCCUUAGCGGUACGAUCAGUGAUAUCAGCAGCUGCUUACGGCUGCCGAAUCCUGGCUGCUGCUGUAGCCAAACGGCGGGUGACGGUGAUCCCAUUAGCAACUGUAGCAGCAGUAGUAGCCGCUCUAGUAGUAAUAGUAGUUCCCGCAAAUCUGGUCGGCGGAGACAACUCCGACCGCCGGAUACGGCGAAGAAAGUAAGGGUGAGAUCCAGUACCGGUACAAACGUCACCUGCAGCUAUGAACCCAGUCGAUCCCGGAGGCCUAAGUCGGCUACCAACAGCUUCAUCAUCACACGCAGAUAUUCCUCCUUAGCGAUAGUGUUAAUUAGUACCGUUCUAUUGUUGUGCCACUGUGGACCAUCAGCAUUCCUCUUCAGACCGAGUUGGGCAGUUCUGCUCGAUGCUAAUGGGGAAAGUACCGGACCGGCCGGGGCUCCGGUGCAGGCCUUCAGCGAUGGGCUGGGAAAUUUUAAUUUGGAACGAAGCAUUGCGGCCGUGUUCAGCCGGGUGGCAUACGGUUCGACGACGACAACGAAACGCAGCAUACCGGACAACGUGUACGUGCCCAGUCUGACAACCGUUUCGACGCCACUGCUGACAACGUUUAGGUAUCGGGAAAAGGACAAGGACUCGAUUAGUCUGGGUGGUGGUGGUGGCGGUGGAAGCGGCGCUGGCACACUGGAAGCACUCGGAACGGGCGGACGAGAACCGCACUACAACCAGCAACAGAUCAGUGCCAACCAUCGGAACUACGAACUCGAUCUGGAACGAGAUCACGUGUUGCCCACGUCGGCUCCUAACGCUGAAAUCCUAAAGAGCAACAGCAACCCGACGUACCCGAAUCCGAACCGGCAUCACGGGCACGACCGGCAUCGGCACUCCAAUUCGACACCGUAUCCGCAUGGUCACAACAAGAAAGGUGUUCCCACGAACGCCAUGUUCCCGGGAGACAUCCCAUCGUACUCACCGCCAUCACGGGCCUUCUUUCCGCCGCCACUGUCGCGCAACUACACGAAUCCGUUCGCGGACAAGCCAACACUCCGGGGAACCAACAGUGACAGUGCGAUCAUCAACACCGGAAGCUACGUGAAUCGCCGUCCACUGCCACCUCCCAGUCUGAUGCCCGGUCACGAGCGGAUUCCGAUCCGGCCGGAUCUGAACGGAUCGGUGAAUCCGCAAAAACCGCAGGAUGUGGCUGCUCUGCCACCUCCUAUUAUGAGUGGGCCGCCCUCCAGUUCGUCCCAAUCGAUCGAUGCCCAGCGGAAGAAGGCACUCAACACGCCAUCGGAGAAGAGCAGCAAGCUGGAUUCGGCGAAAAGCUACGGAGUGGACAAUAAGUUCAUGCUGGAUUCGAACGGGAACUCGAGUGCAAUACUGCCCAAUGGAAUGCACUUUCCAUCGAUUUCAAGAAUCCUGAGCGGCUCGAACGGACGAACGCAGACGAUUCCGGAUGUACUGCUGCGUUCGGUGACAUCGGCACCGAGGCCAAAUCAACCAACGUUCGAUUUGAACCCACCGGUGACAUCGCUGAGUAAUGCUAAAAGUUUAAACAAGGGAAAUAUCGAACCGACGAACGAUGAUGAAGCGGACGAUUUCGACGGUGGUAAUGAAAAUAGCGGUAGAGAUCAGGACGAUGAGGAUGAUGACGAGGAAGACGAUGAGGCGGUUCCCGAGAAAGGGCUGGGAAGUUUGGAAGCACAAAGUGUUCAAACCAGCACCGUCAGUUCGUUGAUUCAUUUGUCUUCCUCGUCAUCGCCUAUUACCCAGAAGAUGCCAAAUCUGAACCUGAAAUCGGUGAUGAUUAAGGCGAACGCUAGCGGAGAAGAGGGACAGAUAGGUAGUGGAUAUGGUAAUGAUAGGAAUUUUGCUAGCGACAUUGAAGAUAUUAGCACGUGGACGAUUGCGUGGAAUAUUCACGUGUAUCUGUCGGCAAUUUUGUUUACUAUUUUGGCGGUGUACUCGAUUUUCAAGAUAAUUUUCUAUGACAAACUGACACAUCUAUUUUCGCAAUCCUACUUCAUCAGUAUUCAUUUGAUCCUCAUAAUCAUCUGUUUGUUGCGGAUUUUCUAUUUAUGCUACGACGCGUACAACAUUCACUUUAGUUUCAACCUGUUCACAUCCGAACUGUUGCUGAAUCUGCCGCUGACAUUCCUCACAACCACGUUCGCCAUUUUGAUUCUUUUCCUGUUGUUGCGAUCAAUCAAUCACAAAACGAACCGAUACAGUUCAAUACUUCGUCCGCUGACGAUCAUGAUCGGAUCCGGAGUUCACGUUGGUCUGUGCAUAACGCUGCAUUUGGUAGAGUCGUAUGAAACGCAACAAUUCUACCACAAACAGGCCCAACUGAUGGCCAGUAGCCGGGGUGGUCAGACUGGCCAUGGACCCACCAACAUCCAAAUCCCACCAAGAGUUCUCUCGCUGAUUUGUCAAAUCAUCUACAUCUUUAUCUGUCUAUCUCUCGGCAUUCUCUAUCUGUAUAUGUAUCGGCUGCUGAAGAGAAUCUUGCACAAAAGUCAAAACUACAUUCACGGCUACAACAACCUGUCGUACGCGAUUCACAUAACGAUUGCUACGGCACUGUUGUUUAUUUUGUUAGCAGCCCUGCAGAUAUACGGUGCCAUCAGUAUCAGCUCCCAGACUAAGGUCAAACUUUCGCCGAACAAUAAUUUGAACGAUGGUUCAUCGAAGAAGACACUCUGGGCAUCCCACAUCGAAAUCGAUUGGUUCCAGUGGGGUUAUCAGUUCAGCUUGCGGUUCAUCGAAAUAGUAAUUAUUGCGUUGCUUUCGUGGGUAACCGGUCUGAAGACCGGAACCUCGAAGGUGAUCCAACGGGAGAAAGACAUGGAGCAACCGAAUGCCAGUGGUUUCGCUCUCUUCCCGUGCACUUCGUCGUCCAGUCAGGAGAACUUCGAAACGGACUAUCCGGCGGUUUGUAACGCAAAUACCAAUUUGCACACGUACACCCUCCGGACGGGUAAACCUAUCUACGACGAUAACUUUGCGUUGAAUUCUUUGAAUUUGGAACAGAACAGCAAUCAGGAUCUGCAACUGGGUCCCGGUGGGAACGAUUUCCAGCGGUCAAUCGAAACCAACAGCAUGCGGUCGAGUUCGCACAACUACAGUAACAACUACAACGGUAGCCAGCAGGCGGAUCAGCACGAAGAUUUCAUGAACGAUAGCGAACAGAUGCCGGAUCACUACGAAAACCCGAACUUUGAACUGAAGCAUCAUUCCCACCGAGGCCAACCACCGGAGGGACCACAGUACCAUGACAUCAUUGACAAUUGCUACUCGGAACCAAUCAAUGCCCCGCAGUAUGACACUAAGAGUCUGAGGGGAGCACCGGGACCAUCGAUGCAUAUACCGCCUGGUUCCCGAAACUACGAUUUCCAAAAUUUCGAAAGACCGUCCUUCGAUCAGGCGGCUUCCUCGCAGUCAAUUUCCAGGGGUGAGUUCAGGGCCUCGAAAAAUUUGAAAACUCUCAAGAGUGGUCAGGCAAACUACGACGGUGCUAAUACGAUGGGACACCAUCACUACAAUCACUUCAAUAACUACAACGAUUCGUUCGAGCGACGGAUAGGUGUGCGAAAAAGUGGUACCCUGAACAACAUCGGAGGAAUGCACUUCAACCAGCAUGCCGGUGGAAGUGGUCGGAAUAACAAUAAUUCGGCAUCCUCGGCAUCGUCUUCUGCUUCGUCCAACAAUCGUGGUGCAAUACAUCAACAACAGCAACAUCAACAACAACAUCAGCAGCAGCAACAACCAGGUCAGGGUAGACCUCCCCGAAGUGUCGUUGCUCCCGAACGACAUCUCAACGGUGCUCAAACGCUCAGUAAUGCUGUACGUGGCGGUCCAGAUCAUCAUCAUCAUCACCACCACCAUCACCCGCAAGCGGCUCCGCGAAAUCUCCCUGGAGGAGAAUUCGUCCACCCGGGAAGCUUCAACGAUCGGAUAGUCAAUGGCGUCGGUGUCGAUCACACGUCGCAAGACAAUGUGAACAACUUCGAUGACAAUAGCAGCUCGGCCAGUUACUACCACAGCAAGAAACGGUCCCGAGAAUCGUCCAGCUCGAGCUACACCGGAUUCAAUAACAAUGGAAGUGAUCAUGGUCCGCAGAACCAAGAACCCGGAAGUUCAUCGCCCACGAUGUCCGCCUCGAAUGUUCCCGCCGUCAAUGGGCUGAACGGUGGUGGUGGUGGCAGCAGUUCCGGAGGUUCAUCCAGUGGAGUUUUGCCUGGUAAGAUCGCCCCGGCUACCUCGGUGGUCGCUGUUGGUGGUGGUGGCGGCAGUGAUAGUUCGUCGAUGCUGGUCGCCGAGCAAGGUUUCGUGCGGUUCCGGGCGCUGGAAGAACCGGCGCUCAGCUCGCGGACCAACAUUAGGGAUAAGAAUAAGCUAUUUAUGAAUUCUUAGAGUUUAGCCGAUGGAUUCCCGAAGCAGCAGCUGUAAAAUUUGUGCAUUUUUGUUCUUCUUUUUCUGACUAUAGAAUUAACCAUGAAGAGGAAACGUUCGCACACUCCCCGCUUUCCCUUGGACGUAAUAUUUUUUCUUCUCCACUCAAGAAGAAAAGCUCGAUGUAAAUAGUUAGUGUGAAGAAAUGGCAGGAUUAAGGCGAAACAAUUCAGUCAAGUGAUCGAUUUAUUACUAAUUAACUAAAAUGGAAAUAAAACAAAAAAGCUACGAUUCUAGGAUAUAAGUGAAAAAAUAAAUGAUGACAUUUAACUAGUUGUGUAUAAUAGAAAGAAGUAAGGAUUUAAGGUUUUCCGCUCUAUCCCCUGUUCCCCUCUAUCUAUCGAUCUAUCUAUCUAUCCAUCCAUACAUCUCUUCGCCAAAGGUUCGUUAUCGGUAUCUGCUAGGCCAAACGGGCGGAAUCCGUCGUUUUCUCCCCUUCGUUGUACAUUGCCGAAUUUUUUCUUUCACUCACUCUCUCGUAAAAUUCGCUUCGCAUCUGUAUAGUAGGUACUUAUCGCUUUUAAAUCGCUAUCUUAAAGAAAACUUAAAACGAAACGAAAAGAUUGCCUUUUUCCAGUUUUCCCUAAAUCCCAAUCCUCAUGACAUUCCCCGUUGAGACACCACAAAACCGUAAGAGAGAAAGAGAGUAGCAGGCCGAGCGAAAUUGCAGUCAAUUCUGCAAAGCGCAAAAACCAUCUACGUAAAGUGUGCUAUAAUUAGACAGAGAGAGAGAGCCCUCAUACCUCAUCGACAGAAAACGGAAGAAAUAUGCAAUUAGAACUGACACAAAAAAGUGUGUGUUUCAAACCAAACAAAGCUAAACAACUCACAGGACCGGUAAAGCCUCGUGUAGAGGAAGAUUGCGGCAUGGAACACUGAGAAACAAAAACACGUAACUGGAAAGAAGAGUGUUUGUUGUUGAGGAAAUAAGAACCCAGUGAAAUUUGUAGACCCGCAUAAGUCCGAUCAUCGGUCUGAUUAUCGGACCGAUUGAGCACGAUAUAGGGCCGAUCGUAGCGCUUCAAUCGGCCCGUCAUCGGACAAUUCUGCACCAUUUGCAUCAACCGCGUCGACAUAAAAAAAAGCUUUAUGUUUACAUUAUGCAUCGCUAGAGAAACAGAGUGAAGGAAUAUCAAACAAGACAUUUUCGAGCCGACAUCUUCCCGAUAGGGUGUGAAAGAGUGUUAAACAUUUUUUUGUUUCGAUCAUAGAGGCUUUAACCUUUAGGUCAUUCGCCUCUUAGGGCCAGAAAAACUCUGACCCUAUGUUCGAGGUUGGAAAUCCAACCCCGAUAUAUCUCAUCACCUGAGUAAUCAGACAUCCGCUCUCUGCUUUGGUAUAUCUUCACUCUUUUGUUCUACCGAUACACUAUGCAAGCUCGAAACGCAAUCAAAAGCUUUCUUGCACGAUGCGUCCGAUGUUCGGAUUUACUGGGAAGUUGAAACACGCAUAGUUUGGUUGGAGUAGGAAGGGAAAUCGAAAGAAAUGCAACCAAUUGUGAUGAUUUAAUCCGUCGCGUUUUGUCUUCAAUGCACACUGCACUGCACUACAACCGUUUACAUUUGAAUUAAAUGAAUAAAAAAAUAAAAAUAACAGAACAAGGCAGUCGUCAUCGUUUUUGUCGUAACUGUUUUUGAUGUUUUUUGUCCGAAGAACAAAUGAAAAUAGAUACAGUUAAGUAAGAGAAGAAAUAGUUAAAACUAUCUGGAGAUGGAACCAAUCGAUAUAACAAAUAGCAGAUGAUUUCGUGUUAUAGUAUUAUAUUCCACGUUUUGUUUUAAGUGAAGCGAUAAUAUUUUAAAUGUUGGGAAUUUUUAUAUCUGUUGGUUUUGGGUUUCCGCUAGAAAGCACAGUGUAAAGAGCAGUUUUAUUUACAUAAUUUUUUUUGAGUUUUUUUUUCUUCAUUUAGCACAGUGGGACUAACGCGGAGUCUAUUAAAACUUUUCGUAAUCGUGCUCUCGAUUAAAUUUUGUUCGCUGCUGUGACUGCUUUUGGCCAAGUAAUUUUGAAAAGACUGACAUUUUUAUCGAACAGGACGUAAUUGUUUUUAAGUCGAUUAAUUAGGAAGUUUUAACUGUUAGCAGGUGACUAAAGUCGAGAGAUUUCGAGCCAAUAUCUUAAUAUGGCAAUGAAGUGUACAUUACCAUAGAUUAUUUAUUUUAAUAUAUCUGAUCUGAAUGUUGGACACACUUUUGGAACUCUUUUGCUGUCAGUAGCUAAAUGUUUGACUAGAUCAAGUUGAUCAAUAAUGUUUCAGCAUUUAAAUCUGUAGCACGAACACAUUGAUCAGACACCAACACCUACAACUUUGCGAUGUAAAAUAAGUGCCAUGGUAAAUCAAUUUAGCCGAAAUCUCCAAUUAAAUCUAAACGUUAUUCGCUAUACUCACGUUUCGCAUUUAUUUUACCGGUUUGCUCGCUAAGCCCACUGUGUACAAUUGAAGAAAUAAUGCAUUUAUCUCUAACCGGUUGAAAUCAGUCUACAUUCGUAGUCUAAACAAACACGAACACAAGCUAGUCUACUUUAAUAAUCGUUUAUUUUUAUUAUUUCGUUGUAAACUGGAACCAUUUUCAUCCAUCCACUCAUGUAGUCUAAUUGCGUCCUCUUGUUCCUCGUCUCUUCAUCAACGUAAAAUACAUAAACACUCUUACCGAUGGGUACUAUUGAUGAAAAAAUAAAACAAAAGAGUAAAAAUCACUUACUACUUAAUAAGAGCAGCUUCAUUUGAAACAGAGAAAAAUCACAUCACGUCCCGUAUAUUGUGUAUCAUAGAAACAAUUGAACAAACAAGUCUGUGUAAAUGCGCGAACAAGAGUUGGCAAACUGAUUAUUUUAUAAGUCAAUCAGAAAAUAAAAAAACAUAAAACAAAUAUGAAAGUACUAGUAAAUAUAAAACAAGAAACAAUUCAAUUCUCUCCUCUCUAGGCGCGUCAUCGCCCUUUUACCUUUCUGUUAGGUUUGUCUUUCAACAAAUCCUGGUGUACAUUACUCCUCCUGCAUAUUCCUAGACCUCAUCAACCAUUAGACCCCCCCAUAUCUUUCCUCCCUCGCGACAAGCAAAGCAAGACAAAACAGUCCUUUUGUUAGUCAUAUAAGCGGAUGAAACUGACCUUAAUAAUAAAUAAAAAAUAGAUAGCGAGAAAAGCUGAAACAAAAUCUAAACCGUGGUGUACCAACAAGCGAGAGAGGAAAAUUACAUUAGUAAAUAACAAGCCAGACAGCUGAUUGUAAUAAAAUUAUAAAUAUUUAAAACAUUAAAAGAAAAACAAACACAAACAAAAUCCAACGCUGAUUAGGCGAAAUUCACGGAAACAAAAAACGAAGUAAAAUCGUUUCUCUAUUUAACUCUGUUGUAAAAAGUCCCCUUCGAAGUCCCCUACUACCAGUUUCUUUCCGUUUGCCUUCUCCUACUCGUAUAAGAAUAGAUUGAUUGGAAUAUGAGAAGAAAAAAAAAAUCUGCCAAAGCAGACGGACACUUGUCGUGAUCGUAGAAAGGAGAGGUAAAGAAACAAGAGCCCCCUUCGCUAAACCAGUAAAGUGAACAAGUGAGAACCCGAGCGGUAGUAAAAAGCGAUAAAAUAUUAUUUUAUAUAUAUUAUAUAAAUAAUAUUCUCUAUGAAUACUGAAACAGAAAACAAGAAAAAAUGAAAACCCUAUGUAAUUGCAAAUAAUUGAAAAGUAUAUACUCAGUAAAAUAAAAAGUGAAAAACAAAAUA